AUGGGUUGUUCAUCAAGUGUUUCUUCAUCGCAACCAGUUCACAGAACGAACAAUAUACAAUCAUCGUAUGAUACAAGAGGUACGAUCGUUGUAUAUGGCAUGAUACAAUCGCCUGCUACUCAACGUAUAUUGGCUACGUUGAUAGAAAAAGGUCUCAAAUUUCAAUUGAAAGUUAUCAAUCUAAAGGCCGGUGAAAAUCUGAGUCGUUCCUAUUUGGAAAAACAACCAUUUGGUACCAUUCCAGCACUUGAUGAUGUCGAUGGCUUUACAAUCUAUGAAUCUCGUGCGAUUAGUCGGUAUUUAGAAAUGAAAUACAAAGACAAAGGUACCGAAUUGAUUCCAAAAGGCAACAUAAAAGUCGAAGGACUUUUUGAACAAGCUGCAUCAAUUGAAUUGUCUUAUUUUGAUUCAUAUGCUAAUGGUAUUGUCACCGAACGAAUAUUCAAAAAGAUGCGAGGUGGUGAGCCAGAUAUGAAUAAAGUAGCAGAACUACGGCGAGAUUUGGCUAAAAAUUUAGAUGUUUACGAUCAAAUUUUGUCAACGCAAUCAUAUCUGGCCGGAAAUAUGUUUACUCUUGCUGAUUUAUUCCACUUGCCAUUGGGUUCACUGCUUCUAAAAUGUGGUGAAGGUGAACUAUUCGAAUCUCGAUCACAUGUCAAGCAAUGGUGGAAUAAGAUUUCAACGCGACAGGCAUGGAAAACUGUUCAAGCAAUGGCGUAA